AGAAGAUAUAGUCUAAAAGUAUGGUUAUUUUAUUCAUUUUUUUCUCAUAAAUUUAUCAUUAUAAUUAGGGCUUAAAGUUUGGUAUCGAUUUUUGAGAUAUAACGAAUUUAUCACUGUUUAGUAUUACCUAAUACCUAUUUAUUUUUAGCGAUUGGGAUUCUUUUUAUAAUGUUGUAUUACUGAAUACCUAUUUAUUUUUAGCAAUUGGGAUUCUUUUUAUAAUGUUAUGUAGUAUCUGUGAUUACGGGAUCCAUGUAUACCAAAAUAUCAAGAAACAACGAAGUUAAAAUUAAUUAAAUAUACCACUCAUAUUUUAUUCCUCACUCUUUGGCAACUCGCAAGCCCCCAUACAACUAAUUUUGGCUUUCCAAUUUAAGUUACUCUUCGUAUCUAACUCAAUCUUUUGUUAUUUUCAUAUAAAAAAAACACUCUCAUCAGUCAUCUCUCAACCUCCAAUCCAUUGAAUUAAUGUUAUCAAUGACAAAAAAUCGAGAUAUUACAAUCUCCCUUUUUUAUCCAUUUCCUAGCUCUAGAUGAACUACAGACCAUUUGACUAGUCUCUUUGUACCAAAUGAGAACCUAUAAUUGAUAAGUUCAAUAAAGACUUGAAUGAGCCCCAUCAAUGAUGACUUCGAUUAGUUUUUAUUAGACUCUUCUCACUUCAAAUUCUCAUAAGUAAAAUUUUCAAUCAUGAAGUUAAACCUAUAAAUUUACACUAUAUAAAAUGCUUCAGAAUAUGGGUGUUCAAACAAUUAUUUAUAUAUAUAUAUAUAUAUAUAUAUAUAUAUAUAUAUGUGGGUCACGCUGGUGUGCUCCAGACGCAUAGUAUGCUCCAGGUUAUGUAAACCAUUGAUCUAAUCUAACGGUUAAUAUAAAUAAUAAUUAAAUGAUUUAUUAAUUAUGAUGUAAAGAUAAUUAGUUGGUUACAUUAUUUUUUCAUACAUGCUCUUUAGUACCUAAUACCUAUACAUAUUUAUUCAUAUCCUUUCAUUCUUUGUACCUAAUUUUCUUCUAAUCACUUCUUUAUCAGUCAAUUUUUACAUUAUUUCUAAUUUCUUUCUUCUCAUAGCUUUAAUUUGGAUCUGCAAAUCCACAUCCUCUUUCCGUCGACGACCAAGCUCAUCCUCCCCUGACCAUCAUCACAUCUCCGCCUCCUCCCUUCAAAUCCAAACCCCUCUUCCACCCUACUAAGUCGACGAACCAUCUCCUCCCCCCUUGACCAUCAUCAUAUGUCCUCCCUAGUCGACGCAAAUAUCCGGAUCUUCCCUCUCCAAUGAAACAUAUUGAACUCCACCGUUACCACCAAUCGAAUUCCACCCUUUCGCCGGAGCUCAGGUGCCGCUGCCACCGCGAAUUCACCAGCAGCGCAGUUGCAAUUAAAAUCUGAACAUUGUGCUAUUAGAAUACCCUCUUCGCUGGAGCUCGGCCGCCGCCGUCACAGCGAAUUCACCAGUAGCCUCUACAGGUGGGUAGGAGGGCUGAUCGGAGAAGAAACUUCAAUGUGGAGACGUGUUCAUACAAAAUCAAUGGCGAUGGCAGUACCCAAUCAUUUUCAUAGAUCUGUGACAUGCAUCUUGGCUUUGUGUGCCAGCUCGAGGUAAGAGAUUGGGAGUGGGAAUUUGUUCGAAUUUGCCAGGUCUUAAUGAUCGACAUUAUUCAGGAUUAAGAGUUUUGCUCUCCACAUGUUUGUUAAACUUAAAACGGAACUCUGUUCCUUCUUCCGUUGUGGGUUUUGAGCAGCGUCCCAUUGUGGCUUAAUGUAGUGAAAUGAUUAUUUGUUGCAGGUUUUCAGUACUUAUGCUACAUGUGAGCUUGGAUCGUUACUUGCUUGAAUCGUUACUUGAAGAACUUGACUGGUCCAUUUUCAGUGACUCUGGGGAGGCUUGAAAAAGAAGAAGGGUUUCAUCUGCUUGUUUUGGUGAUCAUGUGCAUUCUUCCUAUUAUGUAUGACCAGAAUGUCUUUUGAUAUUUAGGCUAGAUUGGCAGAACGAUUUACCACUCAGAAAAUGGCUCUCCACCUCAGCAUAGAAUCAUUCUCGUCCACCGUUUUUUUUAAGGAAGGGAUUAUUCAUUAUAGUUAAUGUCGCGAAUCGUGCGGAGGAAAUUUAGUUUUUUUACUUUUAUAAUAGAGGAAUAGAUAAGGAAAAUAUGAGAAUUAGUUGUUAUCUUAGGGUUUUGGUGCAGUCUAUUUAAAGAGAUGUUAGCAACCCAAUUUUUCUAUUUCGGGUUUUAUCGUCUUGUUUGGCGGCUGUGAGUCUGCGAACUGGUGUCAAUGGGGAAAUUGGGGUUAAAUUAUUUUGCUCUCGUCUUUUCCUUUGCAAAGUGUAAUCGAGCAUUGAGUAUGGAAAAUUAUUGAGGGAUGUGUCUUUAUUUUCUGCAAUAUAAUUUAUCCAUCCACUAUAUGCCUUUAGUCUUCUCGUAUAGGCACAGCAGAUGCGUGGUUGUAAAGAAAGCGACUGAUUUAUUAUUUCCACCAAGUAUUUGAUGUGUUCCCCUAAUUGUCGAGCUGUUAGUUUCAAACAAACUAUUAUUUGAUUAUUAUUUUGUUUACUGUGGUUGCAAUUUUGGAAUGGCUACUUGAUUCAGCAUGACAGAUGAUGUUACCGAGAAAUCCAUGAUUUCCUUGCGAAGUACCUAUGGCGCAAUGAAGCUGACUAUUGAUGACUUGUACGAUAAGGUUUCUUCUUUGAUGUCACUUGUCUCAAAAACUGAAUUUCAAUUUGGAGUUCUUGAGAAGAUGUUUAGGGAUGUUGGUUUCCAAGUAGGCCCUAGUUCUCCUCCUACCCAUGUUUCCGUCACCCCUAGUACACAACAUUUUUAUUCUAGAUUCCGAUUCAGAUGAUGAUCGUCCACAAAGCGUCAAAAAUCUACUGUCAUGGACGAAAUCAAAUUCUCGGGCAAGGUAUUCAAUUAUCAAACGUGUUUUUGGAAAUAAUGUUUUGCAUUAUUUUAAUAUUUUGUCAAAGUGAAAUUGUAGGUGACUUUUCCGGUCACAGAAAUCAUGAAGCUAGGUGAUAAUGACCGUGCCAUUGCGUGCUUCAUCUUUGGCCAUCAUUUAAGUCGUAAAGAACUGAAGAACUUGCUGUCGGGCAUAUGGCUUGACGGUUAUCUUAGUAUUUAUUAAAAACAAUUUGUUUUAGAAUUCCUUACUGCAGUGUAUCUAUAUUUAUUGUGGUUUGUUUAAAGAUUUUGACCGCAGUAGCCUGUAAACUAGCUCUUUCUGCAAGGGUUUGGCCGAAGGGUGAAGGGAGACCUUGGUACCUGCCAUCUAGUUUUGAGGUAAAACCGCAAUUCUUUUACAUUUUAUAAGUUAGUCUUUCUGGACCAUGACAAAUAUUAAAUAUGUGGUACAACUGUGAACAAAUUACUAGGAUUUGGUCGUGAAAAUGGGUUGGUCUCCACAAAAAGCUGUGAAAAAUUACAAAAACAUAUACCUGGCGGGCACCUAUGAAUGCAAUGAGGUAUUCUUUUUAAUUAAUAGUCCUUUUUACUAGUAAUUUAGCUUAUAGUUGUCAUUUUCUUGCUGACAUGAUAUAUGAAAUACCUCUAAACUUAAAUGUUGGUGGCUUCCCCAUUUUUUCAGAUUUAUUUACCAAUGAAUGAUGAGAAACAACACUGGUUUCUUGUUGUGGUUUUUAUGGAACGAAAAGAAGGGCAUGUUGUAGACUCAAUGCAUAAUAAUACUGGGCUGAAGGAAAUUCGUAAGAAAAGGAUUAAAAGAAUGGUGGGUGAUCAAACGUUAGCCUCUGUAUUGCUAACUUUUUUCUUUGUAAUUUGUAACUUAAUAUUCUCAUAUAUUGAGUCUUUGGUAUAGUUGGGCUUUCUGUACAAGAUGAUUGAUGCAUUUCCGGGUAAGCCACCAGCAUAUGAGGUGCCCAAGGUGCAUGUGUUCUUAAUCCUAACCCCGCCAGAUGUUCCCAAACAAUUGAAUAGCUUAGCAAUUGGUUCUGUUUUUUGUAAAUUUGUGGAUUUUUAGGCAUAUUGGGUUUGUGAAUAAAAUGUUGUUCUUAUCCCGCAGCUAUGAUUGCUGUUUCUGGGUGUGUCAAUGGAUGCUGCAUGGUGAGGCUAAUGAUAAUUCUUAUAUGGGGGUAUGAACUUGUUUUCUCCAACCUCUAGUAUAAUCAUCAUUUUGUUUUAGCUUUUACAUUGAAAACAUCGAAGUAGUGUACUUAAUUUGCUUUAUGAAUACAGAGCUGUGAUUAUAGAAGUCGCUUGUGGCUGGCCGUAAACUUAAUUACAGAUCCAUCCAAUACCAUACGCAGCAAAAUUAUUCUGGAAGCUAUGGACGUCUAUAAGCACCAUUUUGACAGAAAAAUAACCACAAAAUGCCAAAGAAAUUUGUUUGACUAAUUGUGGGCGAAUUUUAUUCCUCUAAAUUCUUGCUUCUCUCGUUAGUUUGGAUUUUUGGAUAAUAUUUCACUUCCAGCACUGAGACAAGAUUUUUUAUGGAUUGUUUGUUUUUUUCUCAGUUUGGGUUUUGGAUAAUAUUUUACUUCCAGCACGAGACAUGAUUUUUUAUGGAUUGUUUGCUUUGUUGCUUUUAUUUGAUGGACUUGUUUAAUUAUGUAGCUAGUAUGAUUCCUUGCGAUUUCUCUCAGUAAUCGAUCUUGUUUACAAGGAACGACACUAAGCUGUCGAUUUAGGUAGCCAAUCUCCUAUUUCCUUAGCAACAUGAGCUGUCCAUUUAGGUAGCCAUCAUAAACAGGCCAAGAGUCUCAGUUUCUCCCUUCCAUCAACAGACAACAAGGUGGGCUUGAAUGAACAGGCUCAGAAUGAAAUAAAAGAGAAAAA